ACACUGCCGCUACAAGCAUCAGUUGAAAUCGGAACGCCGAGUGUGAACUGUUAUUCUCGUUCAGCGCAUUGAAAGUUAAUCUGUUGCGCAUUUGUGAUAUUGAGAUAAAUUUAGAUCGAUCGAUUGUAUAAAUUUUUACCAGCAAGGAAGAAGUGAGACAAUCUAAUCAAUAUGAAUUGCGGAAUAGCGUGCAUCAAAUACCUCCUCUUCAUAUUUAACUUUGUAUUUGCGCUAUGCGGCCUUGGCAUUCUUAUUGUGGGUGUUUUAAUACACUUGAAACUGACAGAAUUCUCAGACGCUCUGGCAGAUAAUGUGCAUCUUCCAUCCAUACUGCUUAUCGUUAUCGGUAGCAUAAUAUUUGUAAUAGCGUUCUUUGGAUGUUGCGGUGCAAUUCGCGAGAGUCACUGCAUGGUCGUAACGUUUGCUGUCCUCCUCUUGACUAUUUUGAUUAUCCAAGUGGCUGUCGGCAUCUACACCUUUAUACUUCUCAAGAAUGCGGACGAGUUGAAUAUUAAAGAAAAUUACCAAUCUGUUUUCAAUGAUUACUACAAGAAUAACGCGAGUUCCGCCACGAUCGAUGCCGUUCAGUCAUCUUUGCAGUGCUGCGGUGUUAACUCACCCAGUGACUUCUCCAAUUAUAUUCCCUGGAGCUGUUGUGGUAACUCUGAGGGUAGUCAUUGCACCGUUAAUAACAGUUACACAACUGGAUGUGUUGAAGCACUGAAAGACUUCCUUACAUACGCUGGAAAUAUACUUGGUGGUUUUGCCAUUGGUGUUGCUGUCGUUCAGCUUCUCGGCAUCAUCUUCGCCUUGUGCUUAGCCAAUUCGAUUAAGAACGACGAGAGAAGAGGAUAUCGUGUCUAAUAAUUGUAUCGAAUGCGUCAAUCGCUUUUGGAAUAAAUAUUAACAGAGACAAAAAGAAGAAACACAUUAGCUUCCGUAAUUGCAAAUACAUUAUAAUUUAUUAUAACGUUAUCAUUUAGGUGAUGUAAUUCUAAAUGUUUGUACGUAAACUAAUAUCGAUCGACGUGAAAAUUAUUUAAAUUCAUAUGCCAUUGUAUUUGAAAAAUGUGAAAACACAAGUGCUUUCCCAAUUGUACAAAGCGCAUUAUAUUUUCAUUCAUCGAA